AGGUCAUUUUAUCCUUGAGCUAAGACCGCCAAAUUAGCAGAGAGGUGGCUGAUUAUUUUUUUUUUGUUGUUGAAAAAUUGUAAUUGCGGGGCCUCGUGUGGACUGGAUAAAGAUAGUUCUUUUUGUUUCAUCCUUUUGAGGACUCCUGAGCUUAGAUCAAACUCUCAUGUCAUAUCGCGUUGUCACUGGUCUGUGUUAUUUCAAUUUCAAUUUGUGCUGUCAUCAACAUUGCAUUGGUGUCUGGAGGUCUGGAUCAACUGCUGCAUUCACCUUCACAGUAGUUUUUGAGCUUAUUGCACUUGUUAUCUUGUUUUUUUUUCUGAAAAUUAAAGCAUUUGAAGAUUGAAAUUGCUCCUUUUUAGGUGUCACUGACGUCAAUUGUUCCAGUACAAAGGAAUCUUGAAACAGAUUCGGAUCAGUUUCGUACGAGAAGUUGAAGGUAUCAAGUCAAAGUGGGGUGUUCCACUAUGGAGCAUGAUGAAGAGCGUCAAAGGUGGAUGUUUGCUGAACAUGAUGAACGCUGUGAAAAUGGCGAGAAUUGUGUUGAGCCAAUGAAUGCAAAAAGUCCCAAGCUACAUAGAAGAGUUGGCCAUGUUGCUGUGAAGUACAAAAACUUUGUAGUUGUUUGGGGUGGAUAUGAGGAUGAUGAACAGUAUGACAACAAUGCAUACACAAGGGAGCCCUAUUAUCACCCUGCAGAUGAAGUGAUGCUCUAUGACUGUGAAUAUGAAGUUUGGCACGGCGUGCGGAUCCACGGCGACCCUCCCCCUCGGCUGUGUGGGGCCACUGCCGGAGUCAUCGGCGACAGAAUGCUGCUCUUUGGCGGGUUCAUGGAAGACCGUCAGCUGGGCACCUCUAACGUGCGUACCGUCUACGAGCUGGACCUGAACAAGAUGGCGUGGAAGCAGAUCUGGGCCGACGGCGUGCCGCCCCUGGCCUGCGACAAACUCGUCAGCUGGUGCUACGAAGGGAAGUUCUACUUGUUCGGGGGGUUCGGCCCCUGGCCGGACGACCCGGGCUACUACCGGGACGUCCGGCUGGCCGCGCACCCGGGAGCCAUGCGCGAGGAUCGCUGCUGGAACGACCAGCUGGUGCGACUCGCGGACGGUCGGUGGGAGUGGCCCGAGACCAGAGGCGACCGACCCACCCCGCGAGCCGCACACGCCGCCGCCCUGGUCGGCAGUAGGGCGUACAUCUUCGGUGGCCGACUGGGCAACCGGCUCAACGACUUCUACUGCCUCGACCUGGAGACCAUGGUCUGGACUAAACUGGAGCCGUCCGAUCCGGCCGCGCCGGUGCCGGCCGCCCGCUCGUGGCACUCGCUCACCGCCCUGGACGAUCACGGCCGUCUCCUCCUCUACGGCGGGUUUGACGCACUGAGCCAGCCGCUGGCCGACCCGUGGAUCUGGAGUCCGAGCGGUCAGCGGUGGUCGCCGUGCACGUGGCUGAGCGAGCCGCCCAUCCGCAUGUGGCACGCCGCCACCCCCGGAGAGGCCGGCGAGGUAGUGCUGUUUGGCGGACUGGCCAGCAGUGUGCUACUCGAUCAGCCCACCUACGCGUCGGGAUCGGUGUUCCUACGAGAAACGCCCAAGUCGCUCAUCAGGCUGUGUCUGGACGUGCUGGAUGCGAACCGGGAGACGUCGGUGCCGCUCGUAUGGUUCACGCCGUCGCCGCUGGCCGAUGGCAUCAUCGCCCGGCUGACGGCGUGCGGCAGCAAGCCGGUGGUGUGAUCCGAGUCAUCCGCGGCUGCCCGGCGGCCGGCAUUUGUAACUGGCUGUGGUCGUGCGACGCCAACGCCAACUCAACGCGUGGUGGCGAUACAGUUCCGUGCGAGUGGGAAAAUCGUGGCAUUUCAGCGGGAGUAUUUGUACCGUCUGCCAAAUACGGGGUGCGCUUUCUGAGUAUGAAGGUGCGCGGAUGGGAACUGAGGGUGCUGUUCAAAUAUCAGGUACGAUACGAUUUGUGCGCGAGAGCGUCCGCGUUGGUGUGUAAAGCCGGCGUCUUACUGGUAUCUGUGCGACUGUCUGUGCGAAGUUUCUGAGAUCUCCAAACAGGUCCUAGUCUCUGAGGAGCCGUUUAUCCUCCUGGCCUCCGAUAUUUCAACAAAGACGCUCACCAUGCAAGCUUAUGAUGUGUCCAGCCAGAUACUUCGUAAGUGAUCCCCAGUCACUAGCCUCCUUUCCGUUGUACUAACUCAUCGAUUGUUUCUGUGGUGUCCCGCAAACUCAAUUUGUUUCCCGAAACUCACCUGUUCCCUAUUCGGUCUCGUAAACAUUCACAUUGAUCCAUUACUUUUUAUCUGCAUCGUAUUCAAUUCGUCAUUUCCCCGGUGUUGCCUACAUUUUAUGUGUUUUUCCAAACGUUCUUCAUUUUUAUCUGUUCCUCACUUUAACCCAUUUCCUGCAUAUUUUCCAGUCUGAAUGAGUCAGUAAUUGGUCAUAGGGCGGUGGCCACUCCCGCCCGUGCCGUCCUCCGCUGUGCGUCCUCUAGUCCUGGCCCGUGAGCCUCCUGCCUGCCUCCUGAGUGGGCGAUUUCGCCGCCUGCCGCCUCCGGUCGUACAAACUCUGGUGAGUUGAGAGCUAACACUCUGUCACAUGUCCCGAGUUAUGUGCCCGUGAUAUGCAUUGGCGGGUAACACUGGUGUGAGUUAGCUGGAGCCGAGCUGUGCGAUGACCCGUGAUAUAAGCGUGACAAUAAUAGUGACGGUACAGGCCAGAAGUGAGUGAGGCUGAUGUUUAGUCGUAUUCAUGAGAAGUGCUUUCAACUGAUACAUCUCUGGUGACCCCCAUGAAGUUGUGUUUUAGCGUGUUGUGUAUGAUGCAAGUGUGCAAUAUCGGCUCAACGAAUAAACUCAAUGCCUUUGAACGCA